CUGGGUAUAUCUUCCAUGAGGAAACAGAAGGGAGAAGUGGCAUCCAGCAACAAGGGAGGGAGAAGUCACUGUGAUUCCUUCUUCGUCGAGGCACAGCGCAAAGUUACCAGCAUGGAUGUGGAUUACAUUGACUAUGCCGAUUACACUGCAAACAAUGAAAGUGAGAACGACAACAUGGCCACUGGACGGCUGACGUUCAGUAGUUCUCCGUCUUCAUUGACUCGUGUUCUGGUGGCAGUCAAUAUCAUCAUAUCUGUUAUUGGCCUUGGAGGAAAUUCAUUAGUGAUAUGGAUUUGUGGAUGGAAAAUGAAAAGAACAGUCUUCACCACCUGGUACAUCAGCCUGGCCAUUUCAGACUUUUUGUUCUGUGCCUUUUUGCCCCUGGAAGUAUUCUACACGAUCACCACACACUGGCCUUUCGGACUGGUGUUGUGCAAGUUCGCCUCCUCCGCCCUGUUUCUCAACAUGUACAGCUGUGUGUUUAUGUUGGUUCUCAUCAGCGCUGAUCGCUGUAUAAUGGUUUCAUUUCCUGUGUGGUCACAAAACCACCGGACAGUGCAUAAAGCAUUUGGACUUGUUGUGCUAAUGUGGGUCUUUUCUGCACUCCUAACGUUGCCCUCGCUGAUCUUCAGACAAACCACGGUCCACGGCUCGGUCACUCAGUGCUACACCAGUUACAUAUGCCCUUACAGACACAAGGCCGUGGUGCUGACUCGAUUCAUCUGUGGGUUCCUGAUUCCUUUCUUAAUUAUUGUGUUCUGCAGCGUGGUGCUCUGUGUGAAGCUGAGAAGUUUGACCAUCAAGUCAACAAAGCCUUACAAAGUCAUGGCGGCGCUCAUCGUGUCAUUUUUCUUCUGCUGGGUCCCCUAUCAUAUCUUUGUUCUUUUAGAGUCAGACUUGAAGAACCAAAGCCUGGAAGUUCUUCAAACUGGUCUGAAGGUGGGGGCCACCCUGGCUGCAGCCAAUAGCUUCAUAUCCCCAAUUCUCUAUGUGUUCAUUGGUAAUGACUUUAAAAAAAUCCUGAAACGGUCUUUGACAUCAAGGAUAGAGGAAGCAAUUGCGGAGGAUUUCCGUACAGGUGGUCUUGAUCAUUCAAAGUCUAAGGCAAUGGGAAUAAUCUAAAAAUCCAGUUGAAACCUUUGUCGUCAAUGAACAUGAUUAUAGCUGGGUGAUAUUUACUAAAUCAUAUGACAUGUUUUACCUCAGAUGUGUGUACUGUAGCAUAUAUUCAUGUAUGUAUCAAUAAUUUGUUUAUAAUGAUGAUAUAACUUAAUUUACAUGUUAUACAAUAUUACAUUUGCAUUACACAAUUAUCACAUAUGGUUAUUUUUGACUGUUUUGGUCAGCUAUGGAUUAGCCACUGACAUUAGUUAUUGUGUCUUUCUUUCUUAUUUAACAUAGCCUAUAUGUUGUAUUUCAGUUUUUAGAUUUUUAUUAUGAGUGUGAAUGCGCACUGCUUGUGUGUUGUUGUGUUUGCAAAUCAGCUUGCUUUAAUUGCAGGACGAAAGUAUUUUGAGUUGAAUUAAAUGCAUGAUUUACAAUAUAUUAUAAUUUGGUUAAGAUAAAAUAUAAUUCAAGUGAAA